UUACUGGGAUGUCACCAGGCAAAUGAGACGCCUCCUUUAUAAGUCUCCAACGUUCAGGGUCUGGUCCACCGCGAAGUCUCUUCUUCUGUCGGAAGCUCACCUUACCGCAGGUUCUGAGUCCCUUUGGACCCUUCACCGUUGCGUUCGUCGUCGCCGUCUUCAUCAUCAUCAUCAUCAUCUCCGCCGUCACUACAUACAGUAAGUAGUAGUGCGCGUACCUUGGCCUUUUCGGUUAGGCAGCAGGUUCGACCUUUUGGAGUCACAAAAGGGAAGUGAGGCUCCAAAUAGCCUUUACUCCUCGUGGGUCUUCGUUCUAGGUGAGAGAGCACGGCCUCGACAGGAUCCUUCUUUUCCCUCUCGGUGUCCAUCCAAACUUGGAUGUUGAGUUGUGGGUUGGGAGUGGAGAAAGAAGUCUCUCCUCCGCCUUUGCUUCGGGUCCUUGUUCCACCUCCAUGAAUUCGUCUUUACGUCAGUUCUGCUUGUUGCUUCGAGACACGUUCAGUGACAAAAGGUUGUGUGUGGCUUUCACGUGGACAAUUAAAAGGAGGAAAUUGGAUCAAAUUACACUCCAGCUUCGCCACAACCAGAAUCUCAUUUCCUCUACAAUGGUGUUCAAAGGCCAAGGCUGAGUACGAAUUGGGCUAUUGGGGUCUCGACAUGCCUUGUGGCAAAGAGAGACCCCAAAGUGCCUUGGAUGUGAUGGUUACAUCUUCUAAGGACACACUGGGACACGCCCAACAACAGGGCGAGAAGCCCAACAGUCACAACAGCUCAAUUACUAGUGCGGUUACUAUGGAUCAGCCAACAGGAAAAGCUGAAGAUGGCGCCAAAGUCGGAAAACAGAAUGAUCAGUCUUGGCUGAGAAAGAAUCUCAUUGGACGAACGCCGUCUCUGCCCAAUUCGCUGGGAAAGAAGAAACAGACUUUCUUGAAGAAACUAUCCAGUCGGAAAAUAUCUGCUCCAUCUUUCGCCACAUCGUUGAGGAACCUUCGUGGGGGAGGAUCGAAUAGCAAUAAUGGAAAUGUUACGCCUCCUCCCCCAACUCCGCCCACCGGUGAGGAUCACACCUCGGGCGGGAUAUCGCUGGAGAAGUUAAGGAUCGACACGGGACUGGCUCACCAUUCCAGUCCCAACACAACUCAUCAAAACUCUGGAGAUAUGGACUUUGGCGGGGAUGAUGAGUACUCUCCGCCCAUUUACUUCACCACUGAUCAUCAUCAUCAUCAUCCUUUACAUCGCUCAACCCACUCCCUGCUCAACACUCCGGUCGUUCAAAUUGCCACAAUGGAGGACGCCAUACUCUUCAUUGAGGACCUGAAAGAGAAGUUAAGAGCCCAAGGGAACCAAGUCAUAACUUACCGGAGGAAACUUCGACAACAGAAAGUGGAAAUCAGUGAUUUGCGAUACAACCAUCGGAAACAGCUCGAGGACAUUACCUCCCAACUAUUGCACUUCGAGUCCUCACUUCGUUCUAAAGAGAGGGCCCUUGAGGACACCUUGAGCAAGAAAGAUCAGGUCAUUUUGAAACAGCAACGAGUCAUAAAAAGACUUCUGAAGAAAUGUUAUGGCAGCGAUUUCGCUUCCACCCGCACCAAUCCAGCUGCAUUGGCGGACGAAGCGGAGUCAGUGGAAUUAGCUUUGGAGGGCUUAACCAGUCUCGUUCAACCGUGUGACGGCGAUGGGCAAGGAUCGUUGGGAUCGGAUGGAUCUUAUCACAAAAUCGAUUUUGAACAAGACGCUCAAAAUGAUUCGGACUCAGCGAUCAUGUUGGAGGAUAACCUAGCAGAAGUCCGAUUAUUGGUGCCUACCCUCUCGAUCAAGUCGAACUCGUCGACUUCUUCCGGGACGGACACGUGCAAUGAGAUCAGGAUAAUCCGGAGCAUUUCCGAUGUAGUCAAGGUCAACGGUCAGCAACAAAGGCUUAGCACUGUCAACACUUCCUUGGGGGAUGGGAACUCUCCCAACAAAACCGCAGAGCCUCCAAAACAACUCUCUGGCCGGAAGACCAAAGAGGAGAGGAGAAUUAGCAACCGACAAAAACUCAUGUCUCUCAAGAGACAUUCUGGGUUCUUGAAGAGACCGGAAAUCUUGGAAACAGUUUACUCCGUUGAGGAAGACGGAGACCUACAGCAACAGCAAGCUCAAAAUCAAGCCCAACAACAAUCCCAAGGAGGCAUGAUCAACAAUUUGAGCCACAACAACAACAAUCCUCAUCACCAUCCUCAUCCUCACCAUAGAGGAGCCAUUCUGAGCGGGUCAAUGGAAUCUAGUGACAACAAUAAAGAGACCAACAAGGGUGUGGACACCGUCGAGUCUCAAGCCAUACAGAGACAAUUCUCGUCCAUGGUGGACUCACCUCUUAGCUCGCGACGCGGGUCAUGCAUCCUAACUGGAUUUCGUUACCGCCUGGAUUCGGACUUGGCGGGCUCGGACGACUACUCCACCGAUGAUGACUCCACGCGAAUCUUCUACUCCGAGACAACCGACGGGUCUUGUGGCGGAACAAGUUGUUCCCAACCCUGCUCCAGGCGGUCUUCAUACGGCACUGGAAUCUGCUCUUUACCUUGCUCCCGACGGUCUUCCUAUGGGCACACGCCUGGAUCGUCUGUGGCCGCUUGUGAGUGUUGUGGCUCUCCCGGUUUGACUGGAUCGAGGCGGUCAUCGUGCGGAUCUCAGAACAACCUCAGUACCGCCAACAGCGACGAGAACAACGAUCAGGAGCUCAAAGUCCAGAGCGCGUACAAUCGUGUUAUGUCUAGCCACAAAGCUGUGCUCAAACCGAAAGACGUGAAAUUCAAACGUAUCAACAAAGCGAAAUCCCGAUCCCUCGAGGAAUUGCGCGGGAAAUUGCGUUGGCAUCCAGGCGGCAUUGUGACCGUCUAUCCGACGCCUCUUGUCCCCAAACCCGUGCAGAAUCUCCGGGAACCAAGGAAACGCGGCGUUUUGCAACAUUGUGCCUCCUUGGACCAGUCCAGUUCUACCAUGGGGGAGAGCUUGGAACCUCAAAUGUGAUCCCAUAUUUUUCUUCCAAAUGUCUUAUCCGCUCAUUUGUCUUACACAUCGACCUAGUCAUCGCCUCCAACCCAAAGUUAUUCAUCCUUCUAUGACCUGAUUCAAAUUGCCCCUGCAUAUUUUCAUCCCAAGCACCUCUUACUCGCGUGGAAGUUGGAGCACUCUUUGACGGACAAGGUUCCAUUCCAAACACAACAUAUCGUAUUUAACCGUUAGUCGUUAUGUUUGCCAUUUUUGACGGGGAAAUCAUACAGCUAAACUUUUGACACUCCGGUCCGAACGAGGUCUUUCUAAUUUUCCGACCUCCAUACCAAAUCCUGUUCUCAAAAUAUUAAAGCAUUAAAUUUGAGCCAAUGAAAACGGUUUCCAAACUAUUUUUCAACGAACCCCUGAUUGUAACCUUGGUUAUCCAAGUCGUCAUUUUGAUAGAAAUCGUCUUCUACUUAUGAGACACGAACCCAAGGAUAGGCCAAGAACACCUUUUUCACAAAAGAAGGGCUUAAAGAGCAAUCAACUUCCUCUGUGAAGAAACUUGAUCCCUUCCUAGGGUGGAACAAAGAAAUAUGUACUGGCCUGUGGUCCUCCGUUCCUCCCCUGCCCUACUCACUCCUUUUCCUGUACUGUAUAGACAUGUGAUAAUAUUAGAUGAAGAUCAACGCUAGUAGUCUCCUUCAUCCUUCUACUGCCCGUCCCUCCCUUUUCUCUUUGGGCAUUGGCAAGGGUAAUGGGCCUACCUAGACCUGUCAAACUCAAUCGAAGGCUUGGGGCGAGAACGGGAAGUCUGUCUACUAAUUCGUUCCUGUUUCUCGACACGCGCAUGUCAAUUGUUCUCGAUGAAAAACAUUAUGGGUUAUGAUUGUAGACAUAAAUCAGGACGAGUACAGAGCUUUUUUGCUCAUUGCUCCAUCUACUACAUGCAACCUCAGAGCAGAUAAACCGGCAUUGAGAGAGAGAAAGAGAAGAUUGUGAAAUCGUAUGUAAUAAAAGUUUUAUUUCCUUUCA